AUUUUGUAGAAAAGAAGUUCCUUUUAGUAUUUCUAUCUUUAAAAAGAAGAUAUAAGUAAAUCUAAGUACCUACUUGAUCUCGAGUAUACAAACGACCAUGUGUCCUUAAGCUUCAAGUUGUACAUUUGUUUCUAAAAAUUAUACAUAUAUAUACAUUUGUAGUACAAAUAUUGAUGUAAAGCCUCUUGUUUCCCUAUUGAAAAGGAAUAAAUAAAAUGAACAAAGCUGUUUGACUUUUAUUAUUAGAAAAAAAAAUGUUGGUACUUUCAAAGGCAUUUUGGUACGCUUUUUGGUACGAAAAAAAAAAUGUCUGUGGCAACACUGCUUUCAACUCUGCUGGCGUUCUCUUUUGUGUUUUCCAUUCGACAUUUGAACAGUGACAAGUGAGUGAUGGAAUUUCUUUACGUGCUAUAAAAUAUGGCAAAUACAAAUAUGGAAAUUGUUUUCGAAGGGGACAAAUUGUACAAACUUUUGGAAUUAUUUGAUUUAAUAGAUUUGUACGAUUUACUGAAAGAACACAACAUUACGGAGGAAAGUUUAAAGUUUAUGCAGAGCAGCCACAUUAAUGAAUUAUUCCCCAAAGAACUUUUGGGACGCAAAAUUAUUUUUGAACAGAGAUUGAAGGAGUGGCAAAUAGAACAAGGAGUGCGCAUUGAAAUUUUAUCUUUUCCAUCAGAAAGCGCAACGCCCGGAUCAGGAUCAACAGAAUCCAUUUCUUCUAGUUUUCUUGGUGCGGUUAAUGAUUUAAAUGAAGAAUUUUAAAGUCUAACGUGAAUGGAAAUGCUGUUUUAAAAUACUUUGAAAAUAAUCAAAGUUUAUCAACCAAGACUCGGAAACUUUUAUGUUCCUCGAUCACGGAAUACUUAAUUUAUAACAAAAUUAA